GAGGAGCCGUAUUUGGAGGAAAUUCAAUUUCAAUGUGUCGCCCCCGGGAAACGUUUCCAACAAAUGGACAGUCUUUCUGGUGGGGAGAAAACAAUUGCCGCCCUGGCACUUCUAUUCGCCAUGCAUCGGUAUAAUCCGUCACCGUUUUUCGUCCUCGAUGAGAUUGAUGCCGCACUAGACAAUACCAACAUUGGAAAGGUGGCAAGUUUCAUUCGUGAGUACGCUUCGGCUCGGGCUCAGAUUAUUGUGAUUUCCCUAAAAGAAGAGUUCUACAGUCGUGCAGACAGUUUGAUCGGGAUCUAUCCAGACAUUUUGUGUGCUCGUCAGUCCGGCCUCAUCCAAAUGUGUUUUGCAUCUAUUUACUAUGAAUCACCACAAACGAGCUUGUUCGCCACUGCGUGUUAUCAGCACUAG